AGCUCCAGCUCCACAAUUACCUUGCAGUACAGGAAGGAGCAUCACUGCUGCAAUUCUACACUACCAACGUGGCCUAGGAACUCAGUCUUUGUUUGGCGUGUCCCCUCAAGGUUUUGCUGGCCAAUAUAUGGUAUGGGUUGGGUGGCCAAAACGAAACAAGAAAGCAUUUUAUUUCAAUUAUGUGACAGCAAUAUACAAUUUCAGAGCUGCAAGAGUGCCACAAUUAUCUCUACAGAUUGGUGAUGUAGUCCAUAUACUCGAAGACUGUGAAGACUGGUACAAGGGAUAUCUUGUAAGACAUAAAGGAAUAGAGGGAAUAUUUCCAAAAUCCUUUAUCCACAUCAAAGAAAUUGCUGUUGAGAAGAAAAGAAAUGCAGAAAACAUAAUACCUGCUGAGAUUCCUUUGGUGCAAGAGGUUACUUGUACACUUUGGGAAUGGGGUAAUAUCUGGAAACAGCUAUAUGUGGCAAACAAAAAGGAGCGCUUUCGGCAGGUACAAGCUAUGAUGUGUGAGUUAAUGGAGUGGAGGUCACAGCUCCUCUCAGGGACUUUGCCCAAAGAUGAACUCAAAGAACUGAAGCAGAAAGUCACUUCCAAAAUUGACUAUGGCAACAAGAUCCUUGAGCUAGAUCUAAUUGUUAGAGAUGAAGAUGGAAAUAUCUUGGAUCCAGACAAGACCAGUGUCGUCAGCCUUUUUCAUGCUCAUGAAGAAGCUACUAACAAAAUCACAGAGCGAAUUAAAGAAGAGACGUCAAAAGAUGAAUCUGAUUAUGGAACUUAUUCCCGAAGAACUUCAUCUCCCACUCACAGCCUUUAUGUUUUCGUAAGGAAUUUUGUUUGCAGAAUAGGAGAAGAUGCUGAACUUUUUAUGUCUCUGUAUGAUCCCCAGAAGAAUACAGUCAUAAGUGAAAAUUACUUGGUGAGGUGGGGAAGUAAAGGUUUUGUCAAAGAAAUUGACAAUUUCAACAACCUGAAAGUGGUGUUUACUGAUCUUGGAAACAAGGAUCUUAGUAGAGACAGAAUUUAUUUGAUCUGUCAGAUUAUAAGGAUUGGAAGAAUGGAUCUUAAAGACAAUAGUACCAGAAAAUAUACCCAAGGAAUAAGACGGCCUUUUGGAGUAGCAGUCAUGGAUAUUACAGACAUCAUAAAAGGAAAAGCAGAAAGCGAUGAAGAGAAACAACACUUUAUUCCCUUUCAUCCGGUGGCAGAGAAUGAGUUUUUGCAUAAUCUUCUAUGCAAAGUAACAGCAUGCAAAGGCGACAGUGGUGGACAAGGGCUGUGGGUAACUAUGAAAAUGCUUGUUGGUGAUAUUAGUCAGAUUCGAAAGGACUACCCUCAUCUUGUUGACAGGACAACAGUUGUUGCUAGGAAACUUGGCUUUCCUGAAAUAAUCAUGCCAGGUGAUAUUAGAAAUGACAUCUACAUCACCUUGUUAUACGGAGACUUGGAUAAGUUUAAUAAAGCCACUCAGAGAAAUGUUGAAGUCAGCAUUUGUGUCUGUGAUGAAGAAGGAAAAGUGAUACCAAAUGCAAUUUGCUUAGGAGCUGGAGACAAGCCCAUGAGUGAAUACAAAUCAGCUGUCUACUACCAAGUCAAACAGCCCCGCUGGAUGGAGACAUUAAAGGUAGCGUUGCCAAUUGAAGAUAUGCAAAAGAUUCAUUUGCGUUUUACAUUUAGACAUCGGUCAUCCCAGGAGUCUAAGGACAAAGGAGAAAAAAACUUUGCAAUGGCCUAUGUAAAGUUAAUGAAGGAGGAUGGGACAACUCUACUUGAUGGCUUUCAUGAUUUGGCAGUCCUAAAGGGUGAUAGUAAGAAAAUGGAGGAUGCUAGUGCUUAUCUGAGUUUGCCUUCCUCACGUCAUCAUGUAGACUCUAAGUUCUCAACAUUAAGUCGGAGUUCAAGCAGUGUAGGAGGGCUCUCAGCAAGUUUAAGAGAUUCCUUUGCCAUAUCAACCCUUGUUUGUUCAACCAAGCUAACUCAAAAUGUCGGUUUACUGGGCCUUUUGAAGUGGCGUAUGAAGCCAGAGCUCUUGCAGGAAAACUUAGAAAAACUGAAGAUUGUGGAUGGGGAAGAAAUUGUGAAGUUCCUUCAAGAUACCUUAGAUGCCCUGUUUAAUAUCAUGAUGGAGCAUUCUCACAGUGACACCUAUGACAUCCUUGUCUUUGAUGCAUUGAUUUAUAUAAUAGGACUCAUUGCAGACAGGAAAUUUCAGCAUUUCAAUACUGUACUGGAGGCUUAUAUACAACAGCACUUUAGUGCAACUUUAGCUUACAAAAAACUAAUGACAGUUUUGAAGACUUACCUGGAUACUUCCAGCAGAGGGGAACAGUGUGAACCUGUACUAAGAACACUGAAAGCUCUGGAAUAUGUAUUCAAGUUCAUAGUUCGGUCAAGGACUUUGUUUUCCCAAUUGUAUGAAGGCAAAGAAUUAACAGAAUUUGAAGAAGCUAUGAGGAAGCUUUUUGAGUCUAUCAACAACCUGAUGAAAAGUCAGCAUAAAAUAACCAUUUUGUUACAGGUGGCUGCCUUGAAGUAUAUUCCAUCUGUUCUUCAUGAUGUAGAAACAGUGUUUGAUGUCAAGUUACUCAGCCAACUCUUGUAUGAAUUCUACACUUGCAUGCCACCAGAAAAGCUACAGAAACAAAAAGUGCAAUCCAUGAAUGCAAUCGUGCGCAGCAACCUCUUUAAAAAACAAGAAUGUAGAGACAUUCUGCUUCCUGUCAUUACCAAAGAACUGAAGGAAUUACUGGAUCCUAGGGAAGAGCCACAGCUGCUGCUCCAGGAGAAGAAAUAUUGUGUCGAAUUACUCAACAGCAUCCUGGAGGUUCUCAGCUGUCAAGAUGCAGAGUCAACUUUUCAGCACAUUCAAGAAAUAAUGGUCCAAUUGCUGCGCAUCAUUAACAGGAAUGUCAUUAGAAUGGGAAGAGAUGAUGCCUUAAUUAGUCGCUUUGUGGCCUGCAUGACUGCAAUCUUGAACCAAAUGGAUGACCAACAUUACUCCUCUUACAUUGAAACAUUUCAAACAAGCUCAGAGCUAGUGGACUUUCUAAUGGAAACUUUCAUAAUGUUUAAAGACCUUAUUGGAAAAAAUGUCUACCCCUUGGACUGGAUGGCCAUGAGCAUGGUGCAGAACAGAGUGUUCUUAAGAGCCAUCAACAAAUUUUCUGAGACUAUGAACCAGAAGUUCCUGGAAAAUAUGAACUUUGAAGAACAACUGUGGAACAACUACUUUCAUCUUGCAGUGGCUUUUAUCACCCAGGAUUCCUUGCAGCUGGAACAAUUCUCUCAUGCAAAGUUCAUUAAGAUUUUGAACAAAUAUGGAGAUAUGAGGCGCUUAAUUGGCUUCGCUAUCCGUGACAUGUGGUACAAACUUGGGCAAAAUAAAAUCCGCUUUAUUCCAGGAAUGGUUGGGCCAAUUUUAGAGAUGACCCUUAUUCCAGAAGCUGAGCUGCGAAAAGCCACCAUUCCAAUCUUCUUUGAUAUGAUGUUGUGUGAAUAUGGAAACACUGGAGAAUUCAAAAAGUUUGAAAAUGAAAUCAUUUUAAAAUUGGACCAUGAAGUGGAAGGAGGCCGUGGAGAUGAGCAGUACCUCCAGUUGUUUGAAUCAAUACUGACUGAGUGUUCCUCAACAUACCCUCCGAUUGCAAAGUCAGUUGAAACAUUUGUAAGCCUAGUAAAAGGCCUUUUGGAAAAGCUACUGGAUUACCGUGCUAUGAUGAAUGAUGAGAGCAAGGACAAUCGUAUGAGCUGUACUGUUAAUUUAUUGAAUUUCUACAAGGAGAUUAACCGUGAAGAGAUGUAUAUAAGAUAUCUGUAUAAACUUCGGGAUCUGCAUUUAGACUCUGAGAAUUAUACUGAGGCGGCAUAUACCCUUCUGUUGCAUGCCUGGCUUCUGAAGUGGUCUGAUGAACAGUGCACACCUCAAGUCAUGCAAACCGAAUUUCAGAGUUCACAAACACAUCGGCAGCUGAAAGAGCAUUUGUAUGCAAUGAUAAUAGAAUACUUCGACAAGGGAAAGAUGUGGGAAGAAGCAAUAUACCUGUGCAAACAACUGGCAGAACAAUAUGAAAUGGAAGUGUUUGACUAUGAACUUCUGAGCCAGAACUUGAUUCAGCAAGCAAAAUUCUAUGAAAAUAUUAUGAAAAUUCUGAGGCCCAAACCAGACUACUUUGCUGUUGGUUAUUAUGGGCAAGGCUUCCCCACAUUCCUAAGGAAUAAAGUAUUCAUCUAUCGUGGUAAAGAAUAUGAGCGGAGGGAAGAUUUUCAAGCACAGUUGAUAAGUCAUUUCCCAAAUGCUGAAAAGAUGAAUACUACUGCACCCCCUGGAGAGAAUAUCAAAAAUUCAACUGGUCAAUACAUGCAGUGCUUCACAGUACAACCAGUUUUGGAAGAACAUAUUCGAUUCAAAAACAAGGCAGUGCCUGAUCAGAUAAUCAACUUUUAUAAGUCAAACCAUGUGCAAAGAUUCCAUUAUUCCAGACCAGUAAGAAAAGGUUCAGUUGACCCUGAAAAUGAAUUUGCUUCUAUGUGGAUUGAGAGGACAUCUUAUAUUACGGCUUAUAAACUCCCUGGAAUCCUGCGUUGGUUUGAGGUAGUCUCCAUGUCACAGACUACAAUUAGUCCUCUGGAGAAUGCCAUUGAAACAAUGUCCAUGACCAAUGAGAAGAUUCUGGCAAUAAUUAAUCAAUACCAGAAUGACGAGAAUCUUCCCAUUAACCCUCUCUCCAUGCUUCUGAAUGGAAUUGUUGAUCCUGCAGUUAUGGGAGGGUUUGCUAAAUAUGAAACGGCUUUCUUCACAGAUGAGUACAUCAGAGAGCACCCUGAGGAUCAGGAGAAACUAAAUAGACUCAAAGACCUGAUUGCUUGGCAGAUUCCAUUUCUUGGGGCUGGAAUUAAGAUUCAUGAGAGGAGGGUUUCAAACAGCCUUCGUCCUUUCCAUGAACGUAUGGAGGAGUGUUUCAAGCACUUAAAGGUCAAAGUGGAGAAACAAUAUGGAGUCAGAGAACUGCCGGAUUUUGAUGACAGGCGAAUUGGUCGGCCAACAUCUAUGCUGAGAUCAUAUCGUCAGAUGUCUAUUAUUUCAUUGUCCUCCAUGAAUUCAGAGUGUGGUACACCAAUCAAGACUGUUGCAGAAAGCUUUGAAAUUGAAGUCAUGUCACCAAAGGCAACAAAGUCAGUGUCGGAUGAGAAUGUACGCCUGCUAAGCACCCAGCCUGAGGUUAAGUUGAGAAAAUGCAGGAAAAGAGCAGCAAAGAGAAGCAGUAUGGUAUCUGCGGAUGAAAAAGCAGCAUCUGAACUGCCUGAUAUGAAAUGUCUGUCAAGAAAAUAUGAAUUUAUGAGUGACACCAACCUUUCCGAACAUCUGGCUGUACCUCAGAAAACAUCUGUUCUCAAGCAAAUGAGUUUUGCCAGCCGUUCCAUGCCAACUAUACCAGGGCUGACUAUGUCUGUCUGCUACCCGGCACUCGAGGAACCAGUUGUACCCCAGAGGAUGAGCCAGGCAAGCAUCCCUCCCAUCUUGGAACUAGACAGGAAAACUCUAAAGAAGAAGAAAGUGAACCAACUCUUCAAAAUAUACAAAUCCAAACAGUCUGAAGAUGUGAAACACACUGGCCAGUGAGAAUCCCACGUGUUCAAAGAGCUAUGGAUCAGUUCUGUAAUGUGGAAGAGAGAGAAAUUCUUUGCAAGUGGGAAAACGAUUCUAAACAGGAAGAUGUAAACUGUUUUAAGGGAAGUUUGAAAAUGCGUACAAAUCACUUGUACAAUCUGUAAAUCUGCUCUUUUAAAUAAUGUAUAAUUGUAAUUAAGAUAUUUAGUGUUAUAUUCCCAAAUCUACAACCUAAGGUGCCACACAAGUUAUAUAAAAUAAAGGAAUACUUGUUCAUUUGGGAGGCCAGUUCACAAGCUCAAUAUUCUGGCAAUCCUAUGUGUACAGAGCAGCACUAGAGCCAGGACACAGCUGCCACCGUGCAUCGAACAUACUAAGGCUAUUCACACAACACAAGCUGCCUGAGUUUAGGGAAGUGCCUGAAGCACGUUUCAAAGCAUGGUUCGAGCACCUUUUGAGAGUGGUGCAGGGUUACCUGCUCUCCACUGCCCCAUGCAGCUUCCUGCAUGGAGCAGGGCCAGGUACCAUGUACCCCCAAGUACCCCCGCAUGGUGCCAGCAUACACAUGGCAUCCACACAUGCUCCAAUCCUGUCGUCCUACCCAGGGUUUUACUGAGGGUGAUCGUGUGGAUGAUUGCCUCUGGGUUCCUAGGCUCCUUACCGGCCUGCCACCAUUAUAGCAGCAAACCACGACACAAAGAGCAGUCGUGUGGACUGGAGUGCUGCAAUGCUAAAAGCAGUUGCUCCAUUGCACACGCUGCAUUCUAUGUCCAUGGAGGACCCAGAGUACAUUUUCCCCCUCCAGCCAGCAGAAUGAUGAUCACCGCCCAGGGUGUGCGAUCAGCAAGGUUUUCUUCUUCAUUUGAUCACCUGUUGGGUGGCAGAUGGUAGCCUGCCUCCUCACAGUUCAGAUAAGAAGUCGUGUGAAUGACCCUAGUGUGUUAUAGGUGAUAUUUAGUUAGCCUAAUUUUUGCAAUACUCCUACAUUAUAUUUACACUUUCUGUUAUAGUACAUAAUAAAUUAAUUGUUGUGACAGGUCAUAACGCACCACAUACCACACACCACUAAACAUAACAUAGAAAAUGCAACAUGCCAAGAAGUCACACCACUUUCUGAUAUAAGCAUGGUGGCAGAUGCAUGCUUGUUUCUGUGCUGCGCCACGCAUAAACAAGGCUGACCUUGAGAACUGGGUUUCAGUGAAGCAUUGUCUGUGAGCUCACUGAUCUGAUAAUUUUUUCAUGUAAAUGUCCAAUGUAGUUUAAAGAUGGGUUGAAAUCAUAACCAAGAGGUGUAACUUAAUUUCAUGAGAACAGUCAAAGACCAUGAGCUGUUUCACCAUAUGUUUGCAUUUUUUUCAAAAGCAUAGUUUGCCCUUAUGCAUUUUAAACAGAUUUUUCUAAAGUUAUCUGUAUGAAAAAGCUCUUAUUCUCUUCCUAUACUGUAUCUCUAUAUUAUGCAGUUCCUGUAAUCAAAUAUUAAAUGUUUUCUCCCAUUUGCUCUGAA